AGCCAUGCGACAGGUAGGGUGCGGACGCGGUGCCAUGUUAUGGUGGAGGCUAAAGAAGAAGGUAGGGUUACGUUUCCUUACUUCCCCUCGCACUGUUCUACGGUACUUAUUAUUCGCCGCUUUUUGUCCACCCGUCAUCGUGAGGAAGACCAAAAGUCCACUGGCCACUCUCUGCAUUCUCCCACUUCUUUAUAUGAUACCUGCAAUCAUUUAUUAUCAACUCCCUGACAUCUACACCGAUCAUAAAGCAUUAAUCGUUGACACUAGCAAGUGCAGGAUUCGUGACUUCGAUCCCUUCGACACAUUGCUCAAAGGAUACAUCUAUCCCUUGCCGAUCUCGCGUUGUGAUAUCUCCCCACCAGUAAUACUCCAGAAUGGUUCAACAUUCCAUCUCAGCCAGGAAUCCUUACGAAUUUAUUACAUGUGUGAACCGCAAGACACCGCGUGCACGUAUCAAGAAGUCGGUAGAAACCGCUCUGCGAAUAUUCCGGACGACACUGUUGUCCUCUCCGAAGAGGCUAACCUGACCUUUGGCGUGCCAGUGAACGCGGAGUACAUCAAAGUGGAAUGCCGUUGUCGAAUUAACGGAGAAAUCUUCUACACAGACUACUUCUUUCUGCCCAUCCUAAAACGGAAAAUGCAGUCUGAACGUAAAUUCACGUCCGCAAUGUCACAUGGUACAAACGACCGACUAAGCGUCAUAAUAUUAGGUCUGGACUCACUGUCUCGUCUCAACUUUAAGCGUCACAUGAAACAGACCCGCGAUUAUAUCGAGCGUUUCAAGCCGUUUGAAAUGCUGGGCAUGACGAAAGUGGGUGACAACACCUUUCCAAAUUGCAUUGCGUUACUGACUGGCAAGAAAGGAAACGAAGUGAACGAAUCCUGUAGCAAAAGUUUCUUUGACGAGGAAGAUCUGAUUUGGAAGAAGUAUUCCCAGCAAGGCUACUACACUCUCUUCCUGGAGGAGAUGUCGAAGUAUGGCUUGUUCACGCACUUCUGUCGCGGCUUUCGUGACGCUCCCGUCGAUUACUACCCUCGCCCUCUGAUGCUUUCCGUUUCGACGUCGCCUCUUAAGUUUUUCGCUGGCGGACGUCCCUGUGUCGGAAGCAGAGAUGGGACAUCGGUGCAUAUGAGCUACAUAUCGUCGGUACUGACUCUUCUGAAAGACAAGUUUCACUUUUCGUUCACCUGGAUCAUUGACGCAACGCAUGGUAACGUUAAUGGAGCUGAUUACGUUGAUGCUGCAUUUCGAGCGACAUUCGAAAGGCUCGAGGAAGCAGGAGUCAUGAACCGUUCGGUUGUCCUCUUCAUGAGCGAUCAUGGAACGCGAUUCGGAAAUAUUCGUCUGUUACUAACGGGAAAGUACGAAGAUAGAUUGCCUUUCUGUUUUUUAAUGUUUCCUCCAGCUUUUCAUCAAAAGUACCGCCCGGUAAUUGCAAACCUUCGCGAGAACCAACAUAGACUGACGACACCAUUUGAUCUCCACGCUACCUUGCUGGAACUGUCACAGUUGCCCGCCUCUCUCGACAAGCAGGAAUUCAGGACCAAGUACGGUACCAGCCUCUUGCAUGAGAUCCCCGAAGACAGGACGUGCGAAGAUGCUUCCAUAUCACCGCACUGGUGCUGCUGCCAAAGAACGCGUGAAGUAUAUGCGAAUAGCCAAUUGGCCGUACGUAUGGCAGCAUUCGUGCUAGACACCGUAAACGGCUGGUUGGAAGAAGCAGUGCCGGGAAGGUGCGUUCCGCUUGAAUUAGGUGCUGUGCACAGCGUACAAAAGCGACUUCUGACGCACGUAGAGGACGGAACGCUGUUCUUCUGGGUUACCCUAGAGGCCUCUAACACGGGUGCCCUCUUAGAAAGCACGGUGUCUGUGAAUAGAACAGGUGGGAUGAAUGUCGUUGACAUGGUUAACCGCUUAAAUAGAAUGGGUCCAAUGGGUCCGGCCUGUGUUAAUCGCCGCGUUCUUGAACUGUACUGCGUCUGCAGAAAUAUGACGGUGGCGUCUUAACUACUUUUUUGAGGCAGUCAUAUUUCUGUAUAGUAUGUGAUAAAUGAAAAUGUUCUCACUAUAUAUAUAUUGAUAUCA